AUGGAAGGAUCUCAACAGCCGGAAGGCUCAUAUCAAUCCCAACGGACCACCUCGAAACCCACAAUUGAGCGAAGAUCAAGGGCCCUCUCUGUUCUCAAGAGCAGUAAACCCAAAGCUAACGAUGAAGGCCAGAGCAGCGGAGCUGGGGGUACCUCCAAAGGUAUAUUACAUCGCAGACCAACCCUCGGGCCACGAAAGAAAGAAAAACAUGUCAAGAUAGAGGAGGGCCCGCAACGGCCAAACGCUCUCGUCAAUGCCUCGAGCAUAUACAUGGGCUCCUAUGGCCUGAGUCCAAGCGCCUCCCGCCCUAUUUCGAUGCGAUUGAUGCGGUCCCCGGGGUCUCCACGGUCACCAAGACCCUCUGCGAUGGGGACACCAAGACACUCCGCAAUGGCGACGUCUAGGCACAGUUUGAGUGCUGUGGAAACGAAUACAGUGCACUUGGAAGAGCUGGGUCAUCUGCUACGAGACCUCAAUGUGCAUCUGGAAACAUAUGGAAUUCAGGAAACGCGUGAUGGCUUUUUUGAUGCUCCCUUCUUCAAGCCGCCGAAGACGGAUAAGGAGGAGUUGAUGCGGUCGGCGAGGGAUACACUCCCAGCGUCUUUCAGAAAGAAGCACCCGCUGUCAGUGUCUCACUUCUUGCCGAAGCAAUGGCACGAAUUGAAGAGCGUGGCGCGACGACUGAUGACCACCCGAGCUGGCAUUAAGCUUACGAAAUCAUUUCUUGGAUUUUUCAUACCAUAUAUCCUGUGCCUGAUACCGGUUGUUGGUAACUGGGUAGGAAGAUACCGGUAUAUCAUGGUUUUAUCUGCUCUAUUUAAUCAUCCGGGCAGGACAAUCGGGGCUCAGAUUGAUGGCACAUUUCUGACUACCAUGGGAACAUGUACUGGCCUUGGCUGGGGAGCCUUGGCUCUGUAUGUCUCUGACUCUACAAGUGUAGCAGAAAGUGGAUAUGGAGGCCUACUUGCCGCUUUCUUGAUAAUAUUUAUGGGCGUCAUGGCAUCCCUAAGGUCCUAUUUUAUAAGGAUAUAUCAGUUCGUCGUACCCGCCGGAAUUGCUGCUAUGUUCUGUUGCUUGGCCGAGACCGGGCGAAAUAUAACCUGGAAGAAACUUCUUGCAUAUGGGAUACCGUGGGCCUUGGGGCAGGCUAUCAGUCUCAUUGUGUGCUUCGCUAUCGCUCCAGAUGGCGGCUCUCGCCAGAUUGCUCUGGCGCUCUUUGACGCAUUCCGAGUCAUGCAAGAAGGGCUGAAUCUUCCACGAACGGAGAACCAGAGUAUUCAUCGCCAGCUGUCGUGGACCUUUGUCAACCUUUCUCAAGCUUAUCGAGACCUCGCACUCGAUAUCUCAUAUACAAGAUUUGCUCCUGCGGAUAUUGCGGAAGUCAGAAAUGCCAUGCAGGCAGUGGUUCGAUCAUUGUUGUCGCUGAAGACAGAGACAGAACUCUUCAAUGGUGCGGAAAACGAUAACCAACGAGGAAAUGACUCGAGUGACGGCGACGUGGUUGUAGAUAUUGAGGAGCCACGCUCACGCCAAGCGAGUAUAGGCACCAUUGAGGAGCAAGCGGUGAACCUCGUAACCAAGACACUUGCUGGUCCUACCGAGCAGUUACUUGCGGAUAUGAGGGAUGGAAUUGACUGUUGCAAUGCAGUUCUUUUGGGGAUGUCAGGGUAUAGGAAGUAUAUCGGCCCUCCUCCUGAAGUUUCAUCAGAUGUCCUUGGGAGUCUGGUAAAUCUCCGAAAGGCCAAAAUCAAGUUUGACAAACUCCAUAAGGAGCUCAUUAACAAUGAGGCCUUCCCAGCUACCUUUUCAAAUUACCCCGACGUCGUGGAGCUAUUCAUAUUUGUGAACCCAGUUAGGCAAACAGCAGAUAGCUUGGAGGCUCUGUUGGUCCUGGUGAUGAAAAUGCAACAGAGUCAGACGAAAUGGCGGUUUUAUCUACCUCAUUAUCCCUUUCACAAGAGUCUCCAGAGAACUAAUGCGCAGGUACGUCAUGACCGUGGAGGUAUGACUACCGGUCUAUUCUUUCGCAGCCAGAGGGAACUUAAUGCUCUGAUGAUCGGCGCUCAGAAAAGCACGUUCCAGCCUCUGCCUCGUAACAAGGCUGAAGAAAGCGCUGUAUCAUCUAUCCAGGAGUCCGACGAUGGUGACGAGGAUGUUAUUAUCAAUGACGAAAUGUCCUCGCCGAAGAAAACUUUCCGAUACAAGCUAUGGAAAGUGCUUCACAGGGCACAGGGGUUCGAGAUGCGCUAUGCUCUAAAGGUUGCAAUUGUCGUCUCCAUGCUCUCCGUUCCGGCAUGGCUGGAACAGAGUCGGAAGUGGUACAACGACUACCAAAGCUGGUGGGCUGUAAUCGUUGUCUGGAUAAUGGUUCAUCCUCGAACGGGAGGAAAUAUCCAGGAUUUGUUCACCCGCAGCUUCUGCGCAAUACUCGGUGCAAUAUGGGGCGGAGUGGCACACGCAGCACGCGACGGAAAUCCCGUUGUUGUUGCAGUUUUCGCAGCCAUUUAUAUGAUUCCAAUGGUAUACCGAUAUACGCAGAGUUCUCAUACUCGGUCCGGGCUAGUCGGCUGUCUCAGUUUCAUCAUUGUAUCUCUCGACCUACAAGCUCAAGGAAAUCGCCUGUCGAACAUCAACAUCGCGUGGACUUUGGGCGUCGCUUUUGUCGUCGGCGUCAUAUCUGCGAUCCUAGUCAGCUGGCUUCUAUGGCCCUUUGUUGCACGUCACGAGCUGCGAAAAUCUCUGUCGGGGAUGAUAUACUACUCCGCCCUCAUCUACCGCGGUGUUGUCGCGCAGUACAUUUACUACGAAGAAGGCGACGAGCCAACGCAAGAAGAUAUCACCCGCUCCGAGAUGCUGGAAGGUCGCCUCCGCGAAGCUUUCGUCCGCAUGCGCCAUCUCCUGGCCCUAACCAGACACGAGAUCCGACUACGUGAGCCGUUUAAUCCUUUGCCUUAUUCGGCGCUCAUUGAGAGCUGUGAGGCGUUCUUUGAAAACCUCGUUGAAGUGCGCCAGUUUAGUCUGUACUUCCACCCAAACUAUAUGAGUCAGAACGAGGCAGUUUCGAACGAGCUACUUCCGUACCGACGCGAUGCCGUGGCUAGCAUCCUCAUGACUCUGUAUAUCCUCGCCGGAGCCUUGCGGGGAAAGAGAAGAGUUCCGCGCUAUUUACCCAGUGCGAUGGUGACGAGGAAGAGGUUAUUGGAUCGGAUGGAGGAGCUGGAAAUGGAGCAGCAGGAGAAAGAGCGUCAUAAAUAUGGCAACGAUGAGCACGAUGAGACGGCAGGAAAGAGGAAUAACCAGGGUCAAGGAAGGCCGAAGGCUGAGGAGAGUGGUAUGCGGUUUGCACAGGUGUACCAGUUUGCCUACAGUAAGGGCCUCACACAGUGUGUGGAGCAUCUUGAGCAGCUUCAAAAGUACACCAAGGCAAUUUGUGGAGAGGUGGGAUUUGACCCGGACGAUUUUGCGGAGGUGGAACAUAAGAUUGAGGGCGAGUGGAACAAGUGA